AUGGACGACCCUCGCAAUCUGCCGCAACUGCGCAUACUGCAACGCCAGUAUUUCCAGCUGGUAGAGCCUCAGAAUCUCAAGUGGCCAGAUGAUGCAGCGUUGAAAGCGCCGGAAGUGCAGUCGUGGCUGUUUAAGAAUCUGUUCGAUACAGCCAACGUCACUUCACCACCUCCGGAGCGCUACCAGCUCAGGACACUAAAACAACUCGUCGAAAAACUCGAGAGGUCGAUCACUGACCCGGAGGAGGAUGAAAUCUCAGAUGAUAUUAUGGAAGCGAUGACUACUCUGCUUAUUGCUGAUCUGCCCUCCGAGGCCAACGCGGCUCAGCAAAAAGCAUUUGUGACGUACUCUUACCCUGAGCAAUUAGAUGACGACAGCACAUCGCACGAGCGGGCAGUAACGCUGCUUGAAGCGCGAUCCGUCAUCUCAUCGUCUGGAACUACUGGUCUUAGGACGUGGGAAGCCGCGUUGCUUCUCGGAUCGCAUCUUGCGUCCGAGACUGGCCGAUCAUCCGUUCACGGGAAGAGAUUGUUUGAACUUGGCGCGGGAACUGGCAUGUUAUCAAUCCUUUGCGCAAAGCACCUGGGAGCUGCUGGUGUCGUUGCUACGGACGGCGAUGAGGCCGUUGUCGAUGCCAUCAAAACCAAUCUCUUUCUCAACGGACUCGAUGUCGAUGACAAGUCUCAGGUCCAGGUACGGACAGCGGCGUUAAAGUGGGGCUAUCCGGUUGAUGCGACGACAUUUUCCGAAGACUAUGGCAUGGAAGUGCCAAAUAUUGUGAUGGGAGCAGACGUCACAUACGACAAGUCCGUCAUACCGCGUCUGGUCUCGACCCUGGGAGAAUUCUUUGACAUCAACCCGGCACUCGAAGUCUUAAUAUCUGCGACGAUUCGCAACGAGCAGACGUUCGAGACUUUUUUGAACGCGUGUAGUGGGUCUCUCCGCGUCUUGUUUUCCUGGCCAUGUUACGACAUCGGGUGA